CCCCAUAGGUUAAACCAAACUGAACAACAACAAGGACUGCAGUUGACAAUGAAACUGUCUCAGGAAACUUGACUCUCCGGUGACAAAUAAGACUCUCAACCAAGACAGGAUGCAGCCACUGAGCCAAAGGGAUAUGGGAGGCAAACAAGCUGGGCUCUAUUGUCUUAGCAUAUGCUUUACGGACAUUUAUAGAAUUUGAGCUCACAACGAAAUCACUCCGUUGGUUGUUCCUUCAUGCAGCAAAGAUGGGGAUUCCUCCGCAGGUAUUUCGGUUGCUGCUGCUUCUUCUUUUGGGACUGACAGUUGAGCCCAGUGAAGAGGUAGAGGCUUUGUGUUCUGGGACCACUUGCUACACACUGAAUUUUGGACGGUUGAGUUGGAUGGAAGCUCAGCAAAAGUGCAAGGACAACGGAGGUAACCUGAUGACUCUGAAAAGCCACGAGGAGGCUCUGUUUGUCCCACAGCUGCUCGCCAAGAGGCCCGAAGGGGAAGAAGCUGGCACAGUUUCAGAGGUAAGAUUGUGGAUUGGGCUUCACCGAAAGAAAGGCAAAUGCUACGAGAAACAUCGUCCAUUGAAGGGCUUCCGCUGGGUGACAGGUGGUGAGGACACCCACUACUCCAAAUGGGGACAGGAACCCCGGGAAACAUGCUUGUCAAAUAUGUGUGUGACCCUUCAGGGGUCUCCCUUCUCAUCUCAGGAACUGUUUUGGGUAGACAGCCUCUGUGGCAGUGCAACUGCUGGAUUGUCAGGCUUCUUGUGCAAGUUCAGUUUCCAGGGAAUGUGCCGUCCACUUGUACUGGCGGGGCCAGGCGUGGUCAGCUACAGUACUCCUUUUGGUGUAGCCACUGAUUUCCUUGUCACUGUACCCUUUGGCUCCACAGCUGAAGUAGCAUGUGAGCCCCUAGGAGAGGAGAUACCUAACAGCUUCCUUGUGUGCAAGCCACAGCCGAACAGCAAUGUCUCCGAAUGGAGCAGCCCAGGCCCAUUUUGUGCUUCGCUCACUUACGGUUGCAGCUACAACAAUGGGGGUUGUGAACAUGAGUGUCUCGGUCAAGGCAAGGGUUUGUUUCAAUGUGCAUGCCGCUCAGGAUACCAACUUGGAAGGGAUCAUCUUUCCUGUGUCCCCGUGGACUACUGCAGCUCCAAUCCAUGUCAAGGACAGUGUAAACCAUACCCCGGGGGCUUCCAAUGCCUCUGUGCUUCCGGUUAUAUUUUGGCUGAUGAUGAGCGGAGCUGCAUAGAUGUGAAUGAGUGUGAUGCGCCUCAAAGUCCUUGUGAACAAAUCUGUGUGAAUACCAAGGGGUCCUUCACAUGUCAUUGCAACCGAGGCUAUAUGCCUGCUGAGUCUGACCACCAGGCAUGCCAGGACAUUGAUGAGUGUGCGAGGAACACACCAUGUGACCAGAUUUGUGUAAAUACUCAUGGCUCCUUCCACUGCUCUUGCCAGCCAGGAUACCAGCUGGAAGGUAUUAAUAGCUCUUCUUGCCUUGAUAUGGACGAGUGUCAGGAAGACCUUUGCGAACAUAUGUGCAUCAAUCAAGUUGGCAGCUACCGGUGCUCUUGUAGAGACGGAUGGAUUUUGGCACCCAAUGGGAUCUCUUGUCUCACAGAUCCAACAAGCAGCACCUCUUCACUAUCCACUCAGGGAGGAGAAUGGAUUCCAACAGAUAUUCAUCCUGCUUCGGAGUUGCCAGCCCUGCUGACUGAUCCUUCACUUCAAGCUGAGCUAGUAGGAGUCUCUGCCACCCAGGAUUCCACCCUUCAGCCACCUGUGGUCAGCAGUGCACUGGAGGACAAACCCCACAUCAGAGAUGAGAGGAUAGAUAAGAAAAGUCAUGGCUCCAAGCAAUUUUUAUAUCUUAUCUUGGGCGGUGUGGGUGUUUUAUUCCUGGUGUCUUUUGCCCUAGCUUGGGUCAUCUACAAGAAAAUAAAAGCCAAGGAAGUCAAGAAAAAUUCUAAGACUGUCACGGAUAAUUACUCUUGGGUACCAGAUCAAGGAGAGAGCAGGGCAGCAGGAAGCAAGGAGGGCUUGUAGUCAGUUAUAUGAGUUUGGUGUGGAAGGAAGGAAGGGGAAGUUAUACAUUGAAAUGUUUAAAAAGUGUACACUGAUAACUUUUUCAUGUAAUAUUUUGCCAGAGGGCUGCUACAAUUGCACCUUCAAAACAGUGGUGGGUUUCCAUUUUUUUUUACUAUCGGUUCGCUUGUGUGCAUGCGCAGAAGCAUCCGGGUGGGUGGGCGGAGCCUCCCGCCACCACCACUACUGGUUCAUCCGAUCAGGGCCAAACCAGGAGCGACCCACCUCUACAUCAAAGCCACAAGGGUGAAACUAGAAAAAGAAAACUUUUUAAGAGUAACUCUAUCGAGAUUUGUAUCUCUGACAACAGUGACAUGUUUGACUUUGCAAUCCACUUUACAUACAUGCUGGAUGGUCAGUUGUUUGUUAGCCUUCUCUUCUUGCCUAGGAAGCAAGUGGUAAUUUUUUCUAAGCAGCAACAUCUAUAUUUAUGUCCAUCCAGUUUUUAUCUUACUACUCCAAUGCCAACUUUGUAGAAAUCCUUAAAAAAAAUAUAUGACCAGAAGGAAAGAAGCAUAUUUCUUAAACUAAUCCCAAUAAAACCACUGUGAUAACAGCACAGUCAAAUCAUCUUUCAAAUUACUUUUGUUAGUUGUGAAGUCUUAUAUCCAUUUUUGCCCUUGGGUUUAAACUAAUUGUGGUCCCUAGAAAUCAGUUCGCUUGGAAUCAGAGGAACUGAAUUCACAGAACUGAAAUUUAACUUCUCUUGAAUUGGCUGUACUUGGUUCAGUAAAAAGGUACUGCGUGCCUGCUUAAGGCUUCAGAUUCUGCUGUUUUGCUGCUCACCCAAAGCUAAAUGUUAUCGCAUUGUUUGUGGAUGACUCAGUCUCACUGAAACAGAAACAGCUGCAGCGACCAACCGGAGCAUCAUUAAUGCUUUCCGUAUCAUGGGGAGAAAAAUAUAAAGGCCUCUUAUGAUCCAACAUAUUUCAUGACUGGGUGCUUGAAGGAAAACAGUUCUGGGGAAUGUAGCAAAAAUUUGAAACCAUUUCAAAGUUAACUGUAUUAAAACCUAACAUUGUUCAAUAAAGUGUGUUUUAUACCUCA